AUGCCUCGUGCCCGAUCGAAACUAUGUUCAGGAUCGGCUACAUCAGAUCUUCCCUGCGAUGAGUGUACUGACGUCUCAGUACACAUUGCACGCCUUGCGGAACUUGCGAGGGAUCCCAAACCGCACACAAACUACAAAUUUUUAGGGCUUGCACACAUGCAGGACACCGCCAGGAGCUAUGCGUAUCAAGUGAACACCCUCAAACUUAAGGGACUAACUGACUCCCGCAAAUAUAUGAGGGCCCUCACCCAGCUGGACGACUACCAUCGGUUUCUCAUGGCCAUCUCAGACAACGACAUCCCCCGACUCCAGCAAAUUAUCAAUGUUGCCCUACGUGACGGCGCAAGUAUCCGUGGAAUUGUCAACAAAUUAGAAGACGCGCUGGAGGGAGUAUAUCGUCCCCGAGGCUAUGGCGCUGAUGAUCUCGACAUAGCUACAUUGGUUUACAGACUCGGGGGACGCCAACUCCUUUUCGCCCUCAACAAGACCCUUGAUCUCCCAUCCCUUCGUACUCUCCAGACUCUUUCCGUCUUCACCUUGAUCACUCCGACAAUUGAGUCACCCCGUGGCGUCAGUCUUAUGGUCGACGAAAUGGCCAUUGAAGAAAUGGCCAUCCACUACCCCAGGUACAACAAGAUUGGGGGUCUGUGCUGGAAACACUCCAGUCUCAUUGACCCUGUGCUCCGCACGUACGACUCUGCGGUCCGUAUCGCACAGAAGAUUCACGAUGGAGAGGUACACCUUGGAAAGGAGGUAACGGUCAUAGGAGCUGCAUGCUUCGGCGAAGAAGAACUCUACCCGAUCUUAGUUGCGCCCACCUGCAAGACUGAAGAUUCCAAAGAUACCGAGAUCGUCCUUGCUCGCGCGAUUCAGCGCUGGAACGCAACUGACGCAGAUCAGAUUGUCGGGUCUGUGUGGUCAUUUGCUACAGAUGGCGAUGCUACCCGACGUGCUGGAGGUCACUGGCUGUUCCUCAAGAACCCCCUCUCCAUGCACUCGCCGUUGUAUGGCAUACUUUCCAACAUGCCCGGGUUGAACAUGUUCACUGGCGAUGACAAGAUCACACUUGAUUUCAAUUUCAAACAUAUAUUCAAACGCUUCUGCACGCUCAUUUGCUCCCCUGCCGGCAUUACUCUGAAUAAUGGCCGUCUCAUCAAUGCGGUCAUGCUUGCACGCUACCUUGUUUGGUUGCCAGCAUAUGAUGAGGCGAGCGUCGUCAAACUUCUUCACCCGGAUGAUCUGCAGGAUGUUCCCCGAGCCGUCGAGCUCAUGUCAGCCAUCAUCGACUUCUCAAAAUCACAGCACGCCAUGCUCAACGACUCAUUUUCCUCAGAUAUCGAUACAUGUGCAGACCUUGCCUCAAUCACACUUCUCAGCAGUGUGAUCGAAUCAAUUCUCAUUCCCUUCAUCAAUGUCGAUCUCUCGCUCAUGGAACAGGUACAAUAUCUCAGUCGCUACGCCCACCUUUCAUUUGCACUCUUCCGUUCUCACCGACGAUCCUUCAUGGGAUAUCAACUCUACUAUGACUCCCAUACCAUGUCCAAAAAUGUUAUGUUCAGCAUCACGAAGCAACAGCUUCUUGAUCCGAGUGCUUCUUUUUUCCUCGGCAACUCUGGUGACGAUCGCCUGGAACUUCAUUUCGGGCGCACUCGAAUGAUAGGUGGCCACAACUCAGGGUACACGUUCACACAGGUUGUAGAUCGAUUGGGUGCCACAAAGGACAUCGAUGGUGUCUUCAAGCGGCACCCUGACAUGGAUCCUGGUCACCAUCGUCACCGCCUGGGCACGCGUCAAGAGAACGUCGACCAUAUCAACUGUGAUAUGUGGAAAGGCGACAUCAUAUCUGGCCGAUGUGAUCUCCCAUCAGCAUGGGCUACUGGUCGCGAGAUGGCACUUUCCAUUCUUAGCAUGAGUCAGAUCGAUCCCAUCAACUUCUCCUUCCUCGACCUCUUUUGUGAUCCAGGGGUUGAUAUAUUACGCCCCUUCGGAGAGAAUAAGUACUUCGGCAUCUCGAACUCUGUAGACGAAGACCUUGCACCCGUCGUGCCUGUUGUGCCUGCUGCUCCUGCGCGUAGUGCAAUAGCCCCCUUCCCACUCACUCAUUCCAACACCGGGACAAUGGACGAGGUCCAUAUCGAGGAUGAAGAACUUAUGCUCAUGUUCAAAGAAGCACUGACUUCUGAGACCACUUCUGACAUACCUUCUGAUCACCCCGCUCCAUUCAUUGAUCUGUCAGCUCCUCCGUUGCCAGAAGGUCCUGGAAUACACCCUGCAGAUUACCUCCUUUUUGAGGGUUGCUGGAUACACAAAUAG